GUCGAAAAUAUCCGCCCGCGGCCGCUGCUUCGCCGCAAUCCCCUUCUCCGCCUCCGCAGCUAAGCUAAGCUCGCCGCCACCGCCAUGGGGAUGGCUCCGGUCGCGACCUACCCGUCCUCCUCCUCCUCCUCCACCCUCGCGCGGCCUCCGUGUGCGGCUGCGGGGAGGGCGGCGGCGGCGGGCCGGGCACGCGUCGCGGCGGCCGGGAUGUCCUCGAGGGCGUCCUCCUUCGUCACGGGAGGGGCGGGGGGGCUCGCCGUGGCGGUGGCCGCGCGGACGAGGGCGGGGUCGGGGGCGGGGUCGCGUGGGGGAGGCGCGAUGGGGUGCAAGUGCCUGUUCGGGCUCGGCGUCCCGGAGCUGGUCGUCAUCGCGGGCGUCGCCGCGCUGGUGUUCGGCCCCAAGCAGCUGCCCGAGAUCGGCCGCAGCAUCGGCAAGACCGUCAAGAGCUUCCAGCAGGCAGCCAAGGAGUUCGAAACGGAGCUGAAGAAAGAGUCUGAUGAUGGUGGCGACCAGCCCCCGCCUCCAACCGAGACGGCGGUUAGCGACGGUGGCGAGGAGAAGGAGCUCGAGGCGUCCAGUAGCAAGGAGAGUACAUGAGGGCCAGUGGAGAAUGGCGAGUUAGAAUUGUGUAUGUACAAUUGUAUGGAUGGUGUGUUCCUUUGAGUAGCGGCACAUUUCUCCCUCUCUUUUUGAUGACGAUCUUGCAGGUGAUGUAGCGAUGUUAUUUGUACCCGGGAAAAAGAAGAACUUUAUGUGAAAAUACCAUUAUUAUUUAUGAGGAUAAUUGUGUACAUCAGUUUGGUAUGA